GUUGACGGAAAGGCAGUCGCGUGCGUGCAAACCAUAAAGUACAGUUACGAUGAACCAGGAAAAUAACACGCCGAGUAUUCCUGAAGUAGGGGUCGCUUGGUCCUAUGGUGGUGACCGUGACACGUACAACAGUGACCAGAAUCUCUUGCGCGUGUUUCGUCAGUUUGUCCAGCAGUUCAGCAUUUACUUUACGGCGCUGAUUGUCGCGUCGGGCAUCUUUGGCAAUACUCUAUCGGUCAUUGUAUUCUGGAGGUCAAGACGCAAAGACAAGGUUACGACUUCAUAUCUGGCUCCAAUAGCAGUGUGCGACCUCAUAGUUCUGUGCAUCGGUUUCAGUGGCUGGCUGGACCAGGCGACAUUUGAACUGUCGAACGGAGCUUUUUUCAUACCAGAAGCCUAUACAGACGGCCACUGCAAAUUCCGUCUCUUUCUGUUCUUUGCCUGCGGCUUAAUGUCGGCAUGGUUCUUGGUAGUGUUUUGUACCGAGCGUUGUAUAGCAAUAAGAAACCCUUUAAAGGUAACCACUAUAAUUACACCAGCAAGACGCAGAAAUCUGCUCAUCUUCGUCGCCAUAAUCUGUGUUGCCGUCGCAGCAUUGCCGCUGCCGUUCUACAUACUCGUGCCAAGUGCAGGUCUCUCGGGCGGAAUUAUAUGCAUUCCAUCCACAUCAAGUACCUUAAAAUUAGUGUUAGUGGUCACUACAACACUGGUGAUUUAUAUCAUUCUACCAAUUAUAUCCCUGGUGGUUCUCAACGCUCUUCUUCUUGAAGGGCUGUCUCGGCCCGAAGACGCAUUGGAUGACGCGAUCAAGAGUGGAAGUGCCAAGAAAAAGAUUGGCAGGAAAAUCGUUCGUAAUUUGAUCAUCGUGUCCACAGUAUUUAUUGUAACCAUGCUGCCAUUUGCCACCGUUGCAACUCUCGUUUACAUCGGCGAGUUGACGAACUGGAGGAAUUCGUCAGAACAGUUUCGUCAGUUUGUAAUAGAAUUGUCGGAAGUUGCAUUUACAUUUCACUACACAAAUUACGGCGCAAAUUAUAUUGUAUACGUGGCUUCCCUAGAUUUCUACCGCACAGAAUGCAAACGGUUAUUUAGCUGUCGAAUUUCGGGUAAAACUUGAUAUUUUCUGAAUGUAUUCGGAUGAUGAUCGUCAGCAUCGCCAUUGCGUUGACUCACUUUAUGUCCGUAUUGUUCGUAAUUUGACGGUAACUUUGGAUGAAAUGCGUCAGCAGUUUACAG